AUGACUGCUAACAUCGCAGCAAAAGGCGUCUCUUUCUUCACACCCGAGCAAAACCCCUCUGCUGGGACCGCAGCCGCUUCCCAACCCGAUGACAAACCUAUACCGCUUCUUUUUCAGCCGCUCGCCAUACGAGGCUUGACUGUGCAGAACAGGAUCUUUGUAUCGCCCAUGUGCCAAUAUUCAGCAAAGGAUGGCAAGAUAACCCCCUGGCAUUUCGCGCACCUUGGCGGCAUCUUCACCCGUGGUCCUGGACUUACGUUCACCGAAGCUACAGCCGUCGUUCCAGAGGGCCGCAUCACCCCAGAAGAUGCUGGUAUCUGGUCGGACGAACAUGCGGUUCUCUGGGCGCCUAUCGUCGAGUUUGCACAUUCACAGAGCCAGAAGAUCGCGAUGCAGCUGGGACACGCUGGACGAAAAGCGUCCAUCACCGCACCAUGGUUACCUGGCCCUAAAUUGGCGACGGCGGAGCUUGGAGGAUGGGCUGAUAAUGUCUAUGCUGUGUCGCCGCUUCGAUUCAAUGACGACUAUCCGUUGCCGAAAGAGAUGUCGAGGGAGAGCAUCAAAGAGGUGGUGGAUGCAUUCAGGAAGGCAGCAGAGAGAGCUGUGAAAGUCGGGUUCGAUGCUCUCGAGGUCCAUGGUGGGCAUGGUUACUUGCUGUUUGGGUUCAUGAGUCCAACUAGUAACCAUCGCACCGAUGAAUAUGGUGGAAGCUUUGAAAACCGUAUUCGUUUCGCUUUGGAAGUAAUCGACGCGAUUAGAUCUGUGAUGCCUCCCGGCAUGCCGCUUUUCUACAGAAUAUCAGGCAGUGAAUGUGUAGAACAGACGCUCCCCGAUGUCCCCUCGUGGCGUUCGGAGGAUACCGUCAGAAUCGCGCCUAUUCUCGCAGCUCAUGGCGUCGAUGUUUUGGAUGUGUCGGCUGGUGGCAACAACAACAAGCAGAAGAUUAUUCCUGGUCCUGCGUACCAGUCACCGUUAGCACAUGCCGUGAGGAGAACCAAUCCUGGAUUACUGGUUGCCACUGUAGGAGGCAUAACUGAUGGUCACACCGCGCAAGGCGUGUUGGAAGACAGUCUAGCUGAUGUGGUAUUGUGCGGUAGAGCCUUCCAACAAAAUCCGGGUCUCGUGUUGAGAUAUGCGCAAGACCUUGAUGUAGAUAUACAUCUUGCGCACCAGAUACAAUGGGGCUACAAGAUGGGGAGGACUCGACGAGAAAAAGCGAACCAGUAG